AUGGCUGGAGGUUUCCUGGGCCGCAGGCUUCUGAGAAUUCCAGCAGAACCCAAGGAAGGAAACGGCGGGCAGAAAUUCCUUUCUCUUCUCUUGCUUCUUCUCCCUCAGCACACAGCGCAUUUUCUGUAUCUCCCCUAUAGAGAAGCUAGAGCGGCAAGCCAUGCCUCGGCAUUGGUACGGACUCGCACAACACACAGCACUACACUACUUCCGGCGUUAGAAAAUGUAAAUGGCCGCCGCGACUGCGGACCUUCCUUAUAUAAGCUGACUCACAACAAGCCGGGCAAUUGCAACCAAUCAGAACACGGGAAGAGUGACUUUGAGUAUGGACCUGCCCUACCUAUUGGAUUGUCCAUGAGUAAUCUAACAACCCCUCUCUUCGACUGGAACAAGGGAAGUGCAUUUGAGUUGGAUAUGUUUAGAGCUAAGCCCAAGAUGCCAGCUAUUCAUAUGGAAAUGGGCACAGACAUGGUCAUCUUCACAAUGGCUGCCAGGACCACACAAAUGUUGCUUUCAUUGGCCAAAAUGGUCAAGUCCCAAAUGCACUGGAAAUGGCAUUUAAUUGGUUGGAUGGGAAGAGCAAGCAGAGCAGUGACGUGGAUGUGCAGGGUUGUGCUUGGAUCUCUGGUAGGAAUGGAGAGCUCAAUGUCCGUGACAUACUACUGGAAGGAUCUAAUGGAAUCACCUGCACAAAACCCUACUGCACAAGAGGAAAAAGUGUCGAGUCCAACAAGUGUGAUGUUGCCGAUUCAGGACAUUCAGCUUGUGACUCUGGACUGGAAUUGUGAUGGUCAGGGCUCCAUGGAGCCAAACAGAGAAGCAAUCCUGUCCUCCUGUACAAACCCAAUUAUACUAUCGAUGGUUUAUCUGCCAUCCGACGAUGAAGAUGCUUCAAGCACAUCAGAAGCAUCAGAGCUAAACGAGUUGGACGAAGAAGAUGAUCAACUGGGGGAGGAUGAGAAGGAACCCUGUUCUACUGAAAAUAAUAAAGCAAUGGAUAGUGGCAUUCAAGAACCCCAGACUCCUGCCUCUAAAGUCAACACUGAGGAGAGUGAUUGGUCCAAUGAGGAAAGCGAUUGGUCCGACGAGGCCUCCUGGGACUCCGACAGUGAUGCAGAGAGCAGCAAAUUAGAUGAAGAUCUGUGGGAGUCUUUCUGCCAAAAUGAUGAUCCAUACAAUCCUCUCUGUUUUGCCAUGCCCACCAAGAGCCCAAAGAAAACCCAUGAACAAAAAGCCAUUACUGGUGCUACAGGGGGCAGUGUUACGUAUUCAGUGUUACUGGAGGAGUCUGGGACGAAAAAACACAUUCCAGGUCAAAGAGAAAAUCAUUGUAUUGAACAGUCAUACCACAGCCGAGUACUGCUCGAACCAGCAAAUGAAAAGCUGCUUGAAUCUUUCAAUAUUAUACAGGAACAGGAAAGAAGCCAUAUUAAGCACGUACGCUUCUCCUCAUCAGUCACGGUGCAUCACAUGGUGGUGUGGAGUUAUGCCCACAGAAUGGCCCGCAGAGGAUCAUGGGAGGAGUAUGCCCGGGAUCGUUGCCGUUUCCAGAAGCGUAUUGCUGAGACAGAAGCAGCUAUUGGAUUGUGCAUGGAGCCCCAGCAUAGAGAAAAAAUCUGGGCUCGUCUCCAGAAAAGCAAUAACAUGUAGCAGGAGCUGUAUGCACUGUAAUCAGGGCACUGCCUGUCUACCCUAACGUUUUAUUUGUCCUAUGGGGAGGACGACCUCCAUUACUAUUGACUUUGCUGUUGCACUUUAUCAUUGAUACAUCUGCAUUAUUCAACGUUUUCUUUUAAACUUACAUUAUUUUGAUAUAAAAUAAAAAUGUUACUGAUUGGUUCCUA